AUGGAAAAACAUUUGUCCAUUCAAUUAAACGGUGGACGAAAAGUCAAUGGUAUUCUACGUGGUUUUGACCCAUUUAUGAAUCUAGUGCUUGACGAAACGGUGGAAGAGAUUUCGCCUACCGAAAAACAUAAUAUUGGGAUGGUGGUAAUUCGAGGAAAUUCAGUGGUAAUAAUGGAAGCUCUUGAAAAGGUUUAA